AUGGGAUCCCAACACCACGACGAGAAGCCCGGCGAGUCCACGUCGGCUGACCCUUCCGUCACCACCGAGAAGCAGCACCCCCACGAUGACCCCAACGUCGCCGAUACUUUCAACAAGGAGGACCGCCACAUGCCCGGCGCGGAUGGUGAUGAUGAUGGUGAAAUCGUGUACCCGUCCGGCCUGAAGCUCAUCCUCAUCAUCGUCUCGCUGUGCCUCGCCGUCUUCCUCGUCGCCCUGGACCAGACCAUCAUCGCCCCGGCCCUCGGCGCCAUCACAUCCGAGUACGGCAGCGUCAAGGACAUCGGCUGGUACGGCGCGUCGUACCUCCUGACGACGACGGCCCUGCAGCCCAUGUACGGCACGAUCUACAAGCUCUUCAGCAUCAAGUAUGCCUACCUCGUCGCCAUCGCCAUCUUCGAGGUCGGCUCCCUCAUCUGCGCCCUGGCCCCGAACUCGACCGCCUUCAUCGUCGGCCGCGCCAUCGCCGGCAUCGGCACCGCCGGCCUGUUCUCCGGCUCCAUCGUCAUCCUCAGCUACACGAUGCCCCUCGAGAAGCGGCCCUUGGCCUUUGGUCUGAUCGGCGGCAUGUGGGGCGUCGCCUCGGUGGCCGGGCCGUUGCUCGGCGGCGUCUUCACGGAGAAGGCGACCUGGCGAUGGUGUUUCUACAUCAACCUACCCAUCGGCGGCAUUGCCAUGAUCUUCAUCUUCUUCCUCUUGACCAUCAGCAAGCAGAACAACGCCCUAGGCGAGACGCUGGCCCAACGCAUCAUGCAGCUCGACCUGAUCGGUACCGUCUUCUUCCUCCCGGCCAUCGUCUGUCUCAUCCUCGCAUUGCAGUGGGGCGGCACCGAGUACGCCUGGAACAGCGCCACCGUCAUUGGCCUCUUUGUCGGCUUCGCCCUCAUGAUCAUUAUCUUUAUCGGCAUCCAGUUCUGGCAGGGCGACAAGGGCACACUGCCUCCCAAGCUGUUCAGGGACCGCAACGUCGUCUGCGCCAUGCUCUUCGGCUGCUUCUUUGGCGCCGCCUUCUUCCCCCUCAUCUACUAUUUGUCGCUCUACUUCCAGGCCAUCCAGGGCGUCAGCGCCGUUCAAGCCGGCAUCAAGAUCCUGCCCCUCCUCCUGGCCACCGUCGUCGCCUCCAUCGCCAGCGGCGCACUCAUCUCCAUCGUGGGCUAUUACAACGGCAUCAUCCUCCCCUCCAUGGUUCUGUUUGCCGUCGGCGCCGGCAUGAUCACGACCUUUGACGUCGACACCCCCAUGCGCGAGUGGUUCGGCUACCAGGUCCUCGCCGGGCUCGGCAUCGGUGCCGGUUUCCAGAUCGGCGUGCUGGUCGUCCAGACCGUCCUGCCCCAGGAGGACGUGCCUGUUGCCACGGCCUGCGUGCAGUUCUUCCAGUCUUUCGGUGGCGCCAUCAUGAUCGCCGUUUCCCAGUCGCUCUUCCAGACGGGACUCAUCGACGGGGUCUCCAAGAACGCGCCCGAAAUCGACGCCGCCAUCUUUAUCAACUCGGGAGCCGAUCAGGUCCGCAGCAUCCUGACACAGAUGGGUCGCGCAGACUUGAUCCCGACGGUGCUGGAGGCUUACAUGGACGGGCUGAGGCAUACGUUCUACGUCACGCUCGCUUGCUCGUGUGCCGCUUUCGCCAUCUGCCUGGGCCUGCAGUGGAAGAGCGUCAAGAAGGAGGGCAAGGGCGGCGCCGUUGCCGUUGCUGUAUGA